ACCUGUUGUAACUUGUAAACACCAAUAUUAUAAUGUUGCAUUCUCAGUGUCACAAGCUUCUCUUCCCAAAUCUCCCAGUUCCUCUCUCACUGACCCACCAAUACCAACACCAUAACCACUCCCCUGUUCUUCAUUUUCUGAAUAGACGCAACAAUGGUAAUACUCUUCACGUACUCUCAGCUAUUCCUCCAGAAGCUUCACCAGUGCUGAUUACUCACUUAGCCCAAGAAUUCACAAUUACAGGCACCAUUCAAUUCCCUCUUUUUACAGCCACAAACGAAACACUGCAGGUUGCUUCUAGUGUUCUUCUCACAGGGGCCACCACUGCCUUCUUCUUUCGUACCGUUGUGCGCCGUAUCAAACGUGUCAAAGAAUUGAAAUUUAGGUCCGCUGGAGUGAAUAAAUCACUAAAUGGGUUGAGAGCUAUGCAGUCAAAUUCCAUUAAAGUUAAGGCUCCACCAGCACCUGAUCAAGCAUUGCUGGGAGCAGUUAUAGCAGGUGUUAUUGCUCUUAUUCUCUUCAAUCUGACCUCAAAUGUAGACACAGCUCUAAGUCAUCACACGGUUUCAAAUAAUUUCUCGGCCCGCCAAAUUACAAUCACCAUAAGGACAAUGAUAACGGGUUUGUGCUACCUUGCAACAUUUAUCUACGGUUUCAGUUCUAUUGGUCUAUUGCUUUAUUCUGGCCAGCUUGCCACCAAUAUUAGCUUUAUGGGAAGGUCAGUUACUGGAAAGAAAAUUGACAAGAAGAUCAUUGAGCAGCCAGGCAUCUUUUCAAGUUCAACAAUCAAAAAUAUCACAAGUGAUGAUAAUAAACUGAGUACCCCCAAGGAAGAUCAAAGCCAAAGCAAGUCAACAUAAUUGAAUUCCAUAAUAUUGAAUGUGAAGAUUUUAUUGUGCAUCUUCAUCCAAGGAAACUGUCCAUUAAUUGACAUGUGUUACUACUUUUUUCAAUGUUGUUCCCACUUUUUGGCAAAAGCUACUAUUCAGACAGUAGUGUUGGAUUGUUUCAAUAGUUGAUUACAAAAGGUUUAGCUAUAAUGU